AUAAGCCCUUGGCUGCGGGCCAAUAACUUUCGGGAGAUGGAUGUGAACGAGCAACAGGUGCCCAGCGGCUGCUUUCUCUUCAAAAGGCCGGAGUCCAUGUGCCCCAUCCAUGUCGCAGCCAAGCGUGGCCACGAGAGGAUCAUCAAUUUUCUUCUCCUGGCGCGAGCCGAUCCCAAGCAGAAGACAUCCCGGGGCCGCACGGCCCUUGAGAUCGCGCAGAAAGCAGAGAAGGAAGGCUCCUUCGGCUCCCAUCGCGAGACGCUGCGGAUUCUCCUGGCUGCCGAGAGGACUGUUUCAGUCCGGCGAGCCAUUGAGGUGAUGGGUAAGUGA